GAUGGCUUCGCGGGCUACAUGAAACCACUUCGCGGGCCACAUGUGGCCCCCGGGCCUUGUGUUUGACAUGUCUAUCUUAGGUGCUUUGGAGAAUAGGUUGACCCCCAUUAUUCUCUGAGAUAGCUUUUCAGAUAUUGGAAGCCUGCUAUCAGAUUACCCCUAGUCCUUCUCUUCGUUAAACUAGACAUACCCAGUUCUUCGAUCGUUCAUCAUAUGUUUUAGCCUUCAGUCCCCUAAUCAUCUCUGUUGCUCUUCUCUGCGCUAUUUCUAGAAUCUCAACAUCUUUUUUGUAUCGUGGUGUCUUGGAUACUCUGCCACUAAUCCAGCUUGGAAGGCAGAGAUCUAUGAGAAUUGGGCAUAUGCAAUGCCCAAGGAAAAACCUCUCUUAGGAAGAACAGGUGAGCUAAAAGGCUGAAUAGGUACAAAAAAAAAAAAAAAGAAGUGCAGAAGAAGCUGGAAAAGAAUUUUGCUUUCUUUAGUCCUUCACACAAAGCAGGAGAUCUCAGUUCUACUCUAUCGUUUUGUUUUUUGCUGGAGGAGGAAAAGCUAAAGCCGCACAGACUAAGACAAGUAUGCCUUUAAUGGGGCCGCUGUGAGUUUUGUUUCUUGCAUGAAAAUGACAGGAGCCUGUGAGCCCCUAUGAAAGCGAAGGGAGGGGAAUAGCAGCACAAGGAGGCCAAUGAUAAAUUCAGUCAGAGACAGCAGUGCAAAGGGCCAGCAUGAAGAAUCAGCGCUCAGCCAGCAGAAGGAUGGUGCUCCCCCAAGUGUUCCUCUCACUGCUGUGGCUUGCAUCUGGGCAGUCUGUCUUAGGAUCCCAGCCCGAUCAGAAUCAAUUGCAGAAUGCAGUAUUUGCUCUCUGUGACAUGGAGCCUUCUGGAUACUAUAAUGGAAGCCUCACCACAACAGUCUCUGGGUCAGUUUGCUUAAACUGGUCAGAUUUCCCUGAUUACAUCCAGCAGCAUCCAAAUCGGGGACUAGGAAACCACAACUACUGCAGGAAUCCAGAUGGGGGACCCACCCCUUGGUGCUUCUACCAACUCACUUCAGGAGCAACUGGCUGGGCAAACUGUGAUUGUAGCCAGGAUUCAGUGCGACUGACGGAAAGUGGCAGGGUGGAAGUGUACUACAAUGGGCUGUGGGGGAUGAUCUGUGAUGAUGACUGGACCAACCUGGAUGCCAGUGUGGUAUGCCAACAACUGGGGCACAGUGAAACUGGCACCACCCUAAGACAGAGUCCUUCCAGUCCGGAGCUGUUACCCUUCCAUUUUCAGUCUGCAAACUGCCGUGGUGAUGAGAAGAUGCUGUCCCAGUGCAGUUAUCAGGAAAUAUUCAGAGCUUGUAUCCAGGGACCUGCAGGGGCCACUUGCGGCUCAUCUCAAGCUACAGGAUCUCCACUUCGCCUGGUAGGAGGCAAAAAAGACUUUGAGGGCCGAGUGGAAAUUUACCACGAUGGCUACUGGGGCACCAUCUGUGAUGAUCAGUGGGAUGACAAGGAUGCUGAGGUGGUUUGCAGAUACCUGGAUCUCAGUGGAAUCUCAAGAGCCGUGUCUUGGGCUCACUUCGGGAAGGGCUUGGGCCCAAUCCUGCUGGAUGAAGUUGAAUGCUCAGGCAACGAGCUUUCACUAGACCAGUGCAAGAAGAGUGAUUGGGGGAAACACAACUGUGACCAUGUUGAAGAUGCUGGGGUCAUUUGUGACCCCUUUGUAGCAGAAGGAACAAUCCGAUUGGUAGGAGGCCUCCACCCAAGUGAAGGAAGAGUAGAGAUCUACCACAAUGGAGGAUGGGGAUGUAUAUGUGAUGAUGGCUGGAAGGCAGGAAUCAAUGCUCAGGUUGCUUGCAGACAAUUGGGCUUCAGUGGUCCUGCCAGGCUGGCAUCAAACGGCGAAUUUGCGCCAGGCCAAGGUUUCAUCUUGCUGGAUGAUGUGGCUUGCACAGGCACGGAGUCAUAUCUGAUGGACUGUCCCCACAGUAACUGGGGCCAACAUGACUGCUCACAUGAAGAAGAUGUGGGAAUUCGCUGUUCCCUGGUUAGCAACAGGAUCACUGAAGAUAAAACUGGGCUUCUGGUGCGGCUGGUGGAUGGGGACCACGCCAACGAAGGCCACGUAGAGAUUCUUCUGAACGGAGAGUGGGGCAGGAUUUGUGCUGAAGGCUGGACAGAGAGAGCCGCAGCUGUGGUUUGCAGGCAGCUGGGCUACAGUGCUACGGCAGUAACCGUCUAUAGGCCUUAUUCAGAGACAUGGCUUGUACCCCUUCACCUGCAUAAUGUGGAAUGUUCUGGAACGGAGCACACCUUGGGAGAGUGCACCAUCCAUCAAAGUGGUCAACACAACUGCUGGCGGAAGAAAAGUGCACGUGUGAUGUGUGACUACAUGGGAAAGGGGAGCCAAUUCAUAAGGAACGACGCUUCCAAUAUUGGCCUGUGUGGUCUUCGUUUGACUCAGCACCGCAAAAGAAGAAUAAUUGGUGGAAACAAAUCCUCCAGGGGAAGCUGGCCAUGGCAAGUCUCCUUGCGUCUGAAGGGGAUUCACAAAAAUGCUCGUUUGCUGUGCGGUGCGACACUUAUCAGCAGUUGUUGGGUGGUGACAGCAGCACAUUGCUUCAAAAGGUUUGGACUAGACGUUCGUCGCUAUCUUCUGCGGGUGGGAGACCACCAUACUGGUGUGAGAGAUGAAUCGGAGAGAGAGUUGCCGGUGGAGAAGAUCCUCCUUCAUAGAAAUUAUCGGUCGAGCAGUAAUGAUAAUGACAUUGCUCUGGUCAGGAUGUGGGGCAAAGAGGGCAACUGUCUCUCCUUCAGCCACCAUAUCUUUCCAGUCUGCCUCCCUGUUGGGAAGCAGAAAGCUGCAGUGGACCGAAAGUCUUGCAUUAUAUCAGGCUGGGGAGAUACAGGAAGGUCAUACUCAAGGAUGUUACUCCAGGGAACCGUGCCUCUUCUACCAAGAAAAGUGUGUAAAUCUCGUUAUGGAAAGAAAUUUACUAAUCGGAUGCUCUGUGCUGGAAACCUAUCUGAAGACAACCGGGUAGACAGCUGUCAAGGGGACAGUGGAGGACCAUUAGUGUGUCAAAGACCAAAUACACAAUGGGUAAUUCUAGGGAUUACUUCUUGGGGAUAUGGGUGUGGGCAAAAAGAUUCCCCUGGUGUUUACACAAAGGUCAGCAAAUUUGUGCCUUGGAUCAAGAAAGUGACCAACAUAUAAGAGGACAGUCAGCCCAAAGAUGGAUUCAUGGUGCUUUAUGAAGUGGGACUUACAAUGCAAGGAGCCAUAGCUUUCAUUUUUAUUUAUGGCAGUACUGAAGAGUUUUUCCAAUAUUAGCCAUACAUUUUUCAAGACACGUGGACGAAAAUGUCAUAGAAAUUACUGUAAACUCUGCUAUGAUUCAGUUUAUGAACAUAUAAUAUUGCUAGAAGCAAAUUUUCUUAAAAUCUGUAUAAAGCUUACAAGACAAGAUUUGCUUUCAUCAUAUCACCUAUGACUGCAUUAUGUUGUUUGCUCCUACUUUUCAGUCUAAUCACUUAGGACGGGUCCAUCCUAAGUGUCUUUCUGUGAUUGUUAAGCCCCUGAGUGCUCCUGCCUGUCUUGUGUGAUUGUUUCUUUCACAAGCAUCUCUUGCCUUCAUUCCCCAACGCCAUCCACACAUUGCAUUACAGGCUGUGAAAGCGCCAGGUCUCUACUUUAGCCCCAGCUCGGCCACCUCCGAGGAGUGUCACUGUGCAGGGCAGCCAAAGGAGGGAGAUAGGUGGGCAGGGAGUUGUGGUCACAAAUGUGAGCAGGCUGCCAAGCACCCAGAUUUUGAUGACGUAAUUGCAGGAUUGUGGCAACAGUCGUAACUUCAGGGGCUGGGCAUAAGUACUAUUCCAGUGAUGGCGAACCUUUUAGAGAACAAUGCCCAAACUGCAAACCAAAACCC